AUGGCAAAAUGGAGCGUUCUACCUUGCUUAAGGAUAAGAUCCUACGAGCUGGUGGCCCUGAUCAAAGUUAGAGCUCGACGGCUCGUCAUCGGCUUGGCUUGGGUGAAACAUUCUGAUGGACUAAAAUGCCCUUACAAAGAUAACGUUGUCGCGGGUAAGGGUGGAAAGUGA